AUGCUGAGCCAGGCUUGUCGCCGUCCGGCCCCCGGGCGCGGAAGGGUGGAGCUCUGCUGGAAAAAAAUGACGCUACCACGCACUGCGUCGGUGAGGCGCACGUUCGGGGCUCCUUCGUGGCUCUCUACUAAAAGCUGUUUCAGAGAUGGCCAUUGGUGGUUCUUCACGGCUGCUCAGCGUACUGGAUACAGCGUGUCUGCUACCCCAGUACUGGGACUGGAACGCCCGGGUUGGUCGGGGCUCGCACGGACGGCGGCAUUUUUCCAGAAGUCCUGCUUUUCGGCAACGAGUCACCCAGGAUUCUCGCUGAAAGGGGAAGACUACACGGACCGAGCUCUCGAGGCUUUGGCAGGAAUGAUCUCACUAGCACAGGAAUACAGUCCCCCGACACUGGAGACGGAGCUUCUCGUGCUGGCUCUCUUGAACCAAGGCGAAGAUGGUCUUUUCACAGUGGUCAUGAAGCAGGCGGGGGCGGAUCUGGUCCAGCUACGGGGAGGGCUGUUGGACUGCGUUCAUCGGAAUCCGACAGUUUCCGUGGGCGGCACUCGGUCCCUGGGUCCUGUCCUUCAAAAGGUUCUCUCAGCUGCGAACAGCUUGCGGUUGCAGUGGCAAGACGAUUACAUCUCCGUCGAACACCUGACAGCAGCUCUUGCAGACGAGGACUCAAGAUUCCUCGUGAAAUUCCUCAAAGAGUCAAACAUAACAGCCAAUGACGUCAGACAAGCCGUGAAGGCUAUCCGGGGCACCCGGCGAGUGAAUACCAAAACUCCCGAGACAUCGUAUCAGGCCCUGAACAAGUAUGGCCGAGAUCUCACCGCAGCUGCGGCGGCCAACGAGCUAGAUCCUGUGGUAGGCAGGGACAAAGAAAUCCGGCGUGUCAUCCAGAUUCUCAGUCGCCGCACAAAGAACAAUCCAGUUAUUCUGGGGGACCCUGGUGUGGGCAAGACAGCCAUCGCAGAAGGCCUUGCGCAGCGGAUUGUUUCAGGAGAUGUUCCCGACACUUUGGCAGGUCGCCAGCUCAUCUCGCUUGACCUCGGCGCGCUGUUGGCGGGGGCCAAGCUCCGCGGUGAGUUCGAGGAGAGGCUUAAGAGCAUCACCAAAGAAGUCCAGGAGAGUGCCGGGCAAAUUAUCUUGUUUAUUGAUGAGAUACACAUGGUUGUUGGCGCCGGGACCGCCGGCGAGAGCGGCAUGGACGCCGGCAACAUUCUCAAGCCGAUGCUCGCGCGGGGCGAACUUCGCUGCAUCGGAGCGACGACGCUGGAUGAAUACAGAAAGUACAUUGAGAAAGACAAGGCACUCGAACGUCGCUUCCAAGUGGUGCUUGUCGACGAACCGCGAGUAGAAGACGCCAUUUCCAUUCUCCGAGGUCUCAAGGAACGCUACGAGAUGCACCACGGCGUCAGCAUUCGCGACUCCGCGUUGGUGGCAGCCUGCAUUCUGUCUGACAGAUAUAUUCAAGAUCGAUUUCUGCCCGACAAAGCGAUUGACUUGAUAGACGAGGCUGCGUCGAAGCUGAAGAUCGAGGUGACGUCCAAGCCUACGCGCCUGGAUGAAAUAGACAGAAAGCUGAUGCAGCUGGAGAUGGAGAAAAUAUCAAUCGUGUCAGACAUGAAGAGUGGGCAGGACGCAGCUGAGCAGCAGCGGCUGCAAGCGCUGGAGAAGAAGAUGGCGGACCUUAAAGAGGAGCAGUCGCGUCUGAACGCCGUUUGGGAGCAGGAGCGCGCGGAGAUCGCCAAGAUCGCAGACUUGAAGCAAGAGAUCGACGAAGCGAAAGUGGAGCAGCAGAAGGCGGAGAGAGAAUACAAUUUGAACAAAGCCGCCCAGAUUCGCUACGGGAAGAUUCCCGACCUGCAGAAAAAGCUCGCAGCGCUGGAAGCAGAGGCGAAGCGCGAGGAUCUUUCUUCCGCGCGGCUUCUCCGUGAUACCGUCACCGCGGAGGACGUCGCACAAGCGGUUGGGUCGUGGACAGGCAUCCCCGUCAGCCGUUUGGUGGAAGGAGAGCGAGAGAAGCUUCUUGGGCUGGAGCGCGCGUUGAACGAGAGGGUGGUUGGGCAAGAAGAAGGCGUUCGCGCUGUGGCUGAAGCGAUACAGAGGUCGCGCGCAGGCUUGUGCGACCCUAACCGCCCGAUCGCCUCCCUCGUCUUCUUGGGGCCGACGGGGGUCGGCAAAACGGAGCUCUGUAAAGCUCUCGCGCGACAACUGUUCGACACGGAAGAGGCGCUCAUUCGCUUCGAUAUGUCUGAGUACAUGGAAAAGCACUCUACAGCGCGGCUCAUCGGGGCUCCCCCCGGCUACGUUGGCUUCGAUAAGGGCGGUCAGCUGACGGAGGCUGUGCGGCGCAGACCUUAUGCAGUGUUGCUGUUCGACGAAAUGGAGAAGGCGCACCCUGAGGUGUUCAAUAUUUUCCUGCAGAUUCUCGAGGACGGAAUACUGACUGACAGCCACGGCCACACCGUGAGCUUCAAAAACUGCAUCAUCAUCUUCACGUCUAACCUCGGCAGCGAACUGCUGCUGCAGUCCGCGGGCACCGAAAACCGCGAGGGGAUCCGCCAGACCUUGAUGGAAAUCGUGAGGUCGCGCCUGCGCCCGGAGCUCGUGAAUCGCAUGGACGAGUUCGUCGUCUUCAACCCUCUCAGCGAGGUGAAGCUUCUGGGGAUCUUCGACUUGGAGCUCGCCAAGCUGCAGCAGCGCCUCUCUGAUCGCCGGCUGACGUUGAGUGUGACUAAGCUGGCGAAGGAGGACAUCGUGAAGGGGGCGUACGAUCCGAAUUUCGGCGCCAGGCCCCUGCGACGAGCUGUUCAACAUUCCCUCGAGACGCCUCUCGCGCGUCUGAUUCUUUCAGGCGUAAUCAGCCACGGCCGUCGCAUCGGCGUGGCUGCGCGACGUGAAGAGCUGCCUGGCGCGAGCGAGGCAAUCUCAGAUGCGAAGAUUCCAGAAGGCCUGCGCUUCUUCCUUUUCCCUCAAGAAGGCACCGUGCCACAGAUCGCUGCGCACGUGGAGAGCACGAGGGACGCCGAGGCAGAGGAACCAGGCGCUGCUCCGUGA